AUGCAAGCCCGUAAAGGGAGGGUCUUUAUGAAUCAAGCAUCAGAUGACUGCGACCGCAGGAGCCUUUUGAGCGCAGGCGCCGUCCUAUCCUCCUUUUUUGCCCUUUCCCUCUCUUCGACCCCUCCCGCCAGGGCCUCCGUGGCCUUUGAUCCGGACCGCUACGGCGACAAGGAAUUGAAGAUCGCCACCGUGAACAAGCUGAAGCAGAAACUCCGUAACGCCAUUGCGGGCGAUUUGUCGCUGGCUGUUUCCUUUGUGCGGCUGGCGAUCAACGAC